AUGGUUCGAGCCCGUUAUUCCUCUGUUGCGGGGAGACUUCCCAAACUCCCUCGAGAACUCGUCCACAAAAUUCUCGACGACAUCUCUCUUGUCAAAGUCUUGGAACUAGUCAGCAGCCAUGAUAUCGCAUACAUCGAUCAAUGUGUGUCUACUCACUUCCAUCUUCGCCAACUCUUGCCACCAGAUGUCCUCCCUGAAGCUAAAUCAUAUUUUUUGCUGUACAACACCCUCUGCGAGCGCCGUCGCCGACAACCUCUCCCCAAUCUUCCGCAGUUGGCCCACGAUGCCCAAGUCCUCUUAAAGGCUAAACUAAGCCAACGAGUGGAUAUUAUUGCCAUCAUCAAGGUUGAGAUCCUGAAAGAUCUCGAGGCUUACGCCCCCUUUUUCCCCAUUCUCCGAUACUUCUGUGAUCCAAAACUUAGUAUUCCGGAUCGCGUGUUCUGGGAUGUCUCGUCAGUGACGUGGUUAUGGGAUCUCUUCAACAUCAUCGAUGCGGCAGAGAAGAAACUCAACGCUGUCAAAUCCGACCAAUUGAAGAGGAUGGCAGAUCUGAUGGUGGAAUACCCUGGGAUGCUCCGCGAAUACCAGGAUUUUUCGCAAGAGCAGCGAAGGAAUGCUGAUCAUAAGAUUGCAGAAUUGCUUCUACUAUCGGAGCGAAUCAAGCGUCCUCAGAUUUUGUCGAGGAAGUUCGUUGGGAGGUACAUAUUUAGCCAACACAAUUUUCAUCUUGUUCCUUACGAUAGAUAUCUGCGAGCCUUUUUGAAGGUCCGGUUUGCAGGGUCCAGAACGAUGUUCACCAAAUAUUCCGGAAAGGAUCUUCGUUCGAAUAAGGGUUUCCAGCAACCGAGGUUCUGUCUUCGCACGGACAAAUCGCUUGCGACGCCUCCGCUUGGCGUUGUUGGAGAUACGUCGUUGUUACCGGCAAGUGAGAAAGAGGUUGAAUGGUUGGAGGCAUUUUUGGUGAUUUGCAAGCAUAUGUCGGAGAUGGAGGAAGAAUGGAAGGCAGGGGAGACCGUGGGCGAAUAUUGGAAAGCACAUGUGGGCGAAAUGUCCGUGGUGGAAAUGGACGUAGGUGAGGUGUAG